UAUUGUCUCAAGUCGGUUCAAAUAAUUAAUGAUUUAUCAGCUGACCCCGUUUAAUUAUUCACUGCUCAGUUUGCUUUAGUCACAAUAAUGCUAAACUCUCUUAUUUUUUGCUCAAUUUUCGUUUUAUUGCCACAUUAUGGAAACACAGACAGAGAAUAUUAUUGGAAGGAAUACACCGAUGGGUUAAUCCCACCUGACGCUUUUCCUGGUGGAAAGGCCUUAAGUGGUUGUGACACCUACAUUGGACAAGCAUACAUCCACGGACAAGGCCUUUACAUUGUGCAAAUUUUUCCCGGAAAAAAGCAAGUCGACGCUGCUUGGAACGGCGUAAAAAAGGCCACCAACGAUAUUAAAAUCUUGUGUACCGAAAAUCCUGAAAAUUUUGAGUGGAUGCCAACGUCCAGUCAGUUGUACCAUUUUAAUACCACGAGGGUACAACCAGUACCAGGAGGGUACGAUUUUGUGAACAACGAUGGGCUUUUCCAUGUUGGUAGAUUGGCGUAUCAAGGAGUCGUAAAAAUUGGGGGCAUUUGGUCGUCACAAAUUGAAAAGGCCGAUUUUUAUUUUGGGCAUGACAAUGCCCUCAAGAAAGCCACUUUGUACGAAGCGCUAGUCUAUCGCAAAGUGGUUUAUGAUAUCGAUGUUCGGACAAAUUAGGACACAAAAAUACUGCUAGUUUUUGUCAUUUCUUGUUUGUAAAUAAAAUGGGUAAACCCCUACGAUUAAACCUGACCUUACAUUAAUAAAGAGUAGAUAAUUGUCGCUUCAUUUAAUCAUUUUGUUGCAAACACAGCUAUGAAAUACCCACUCUUGGUUUCCUUCUUCUUGUUACUGCUACGUUUGAUUUCAGUUCAUUGUGACAUAGGUUACUAUUGGAGGGACUUUUCAAACUCAAAAAUCCCCAAAGAUGCCUUCCCUGCUGGGAAAGACCUGAACGGGAAAAACACCUACAUUGGACAAACCCUUUUACACACUUUUGGCUUUUUCGUAAUGCACAUUAUUCCAUUUAGUAAACAAAAUACUGUUGGUUUUUACAGUGUGGUAAAACCAAGCCCAGUCCAAAAGAUUUUAUGUUCAAAAAAUCACGACAAAUUUUCGUGGUAUCCGACAAGUGCCAAAACUUUUCACUUGGACACUACAGAAAAACAUGCAGUGAUAGGGGGUUACGAUCAUGUUGAUGCUUCUAGAGGGAUGUUACAUGUAGGUCGUGUGAUGUUUGAUGGAAGUAUAAAAAUUGGGAGUGUUAAAGGAUACGCAUUGCAAAAUGCGGAACUUUUAUUCAGUUCAAAUAACGUUAUAAAAACAGCCUCAUCUUACGAAGUGUUGCUGUUUGACAACAGUGGUAUUGCCAAUGAUAGGAAAAAUGUAACCAACUAUUGUACCGAUUAAAUAAAAUGUUUAAAACAAGAAAAAAAAUUAUCGCGUUAAUUGACCCCGUCACCUUUGGUAAAUCCAAAUGAUUUUCUCUUUAGUCUCGUUAAAACCGUUCAGUGAUGAUCAACUCGUGGCGUCUUGUUGUUGUAUUUUUCAUUCAAGCAAAUGCGUUUGAUGAAAAAGGCUACUACUGGAAGGAAUACACCGGUGUUAUUCCUCCAGACGCCCUUCCAGGCGGCAAAGACUCAAACGAUGAGGACCUAUUUAUCGGACAAGCUUACAUCCACAACCAUGGUCUUUACGUUGUGCAAAUUUGUCCCGGAACAAUGACCGUCAAUGCUGGUUGGUGGGGUGUCAAGAAAGCAACAAACGAUAUUAAAAUUUUGUGUGCCAAAAAACCGGAAAAUUUUGAAUGGGUGCCGUCGUCCCAAACAACGUUUCAUAAAGACAUGGUCAACAAAACCCCAGUGCCUGGAGGUUACGAUUUUAUCAACAACGAUGGAACUAUGCACAUUGGGCGUAUAAGGUACCAGGAGUUUGUGAAAGUUGGAGGGAUCUGGUCGGCGAAAAAAGACAACUCUUGGCUGUACUUCGAUUACAACAAUGUUUUAAAACGAAUUUCGAUGUACGAAGCUUUGGUUUAUAACGAGUCAAAAUAAAUACUUGAUGUGUU